GAGAGAGAGAGAGUGGCGUCCAUUGUACCUGUGAUGGCAAAACGUAUCGGAAGAGAGAGGACCCAGCUGCCAACUUGUUACUAUGAAGGAUACCUGGAGAAGAGGUCCUUCAAAGACAAGACAUCUCGUAAACUAUGGGCCUGUCUAUGUGGAAACAGCAUAUUCUUCUUCAAUGAAAAGAGAGAUGUAGAUUACGUUGAGAAACUGGAUCUCUGUGGAUUGGUCUCAGUCACAGACGACUCCAGUCAAGAGAAAAACUUGGACGCAGCCAGAUUCAAUCUGCAGAUGAAGGAGGACAAUAUCAAAAUCACUGCACCAAAUGCAGAGGCUCGAGAGCUCUGGAAAGGCUUUAUCCUCUCUGUGGCUGAGCUGCAUGUGCCGCCGUCCCUCAACCUGCUGCCGGGGCAGCUCCACAUGCUGAAUGAUGCUGUGGAAAAAGAAAAAGAAAGGCAAAAAAAACUACAUUCAUCUCCGGCUGCUAAAUUCAACCCUUACAUUAGCGUCAGAGCAAGUAUGCCAGCCUGUUUUCACACAGUGAAUCGCCUGGAGGCAGAGCUGCUGCUUGAGAGAGCGGCCAAGAGAGGAAACGUACUGCUGCGACCUGGGAGCGACGGGAACUUCGCCGUCUCCACCAGACAGGACUAUGACGGCCCUCUAUUCAGGCAUUACCGUGUGAGUCGUAAGACAACUGGGGGCUUCAGCAUUGAUGUGGACAAUCCUGUCGACUGUGCCACGCUGCAUGAUGUCAUCACUUAUUUAGUCAACAAAACCGAUGGAGUUUUGAUCCCGCUCAUCCUUGAAGACCAAUACGACAAGAAAAUCUCUUAUAUCAGCUCUGACAAUGAAAACGGAGAGAUGAGUCUCCAGCAGGCCUUCGUAAACCCCGUCCCACCAGACGUCCCUCCAAGACCAGAUAUGCUAAGAACUCUGACCCCUGAGCCUGAACCCAUGGACAGACUGGACUGCUGUCUGGAUGAGACCAAUUCAGACAAAAAGACAAAGAAACUCCCGCUGCUUCCAUCUGCUCCUCGGAGGUUAUCAAUCCCAUCCGUGCCCACAACAACCGACCACAGGGUGAUAGUCACUCCAGAAUCCAAGAGACGGAUGCCUGCGGCAGCCUUAUCAGAACUGAAGAUGAAGCUAAAGGCAAAGUGUUUGUAGUGGCCUCUGCUGCUGGGAGCCGCUCAAAGUUACAACCUGGCGUGAGAAUGUGCCAGAUCAGAACUGGGUCAUCUCCAGGUCCGACCCUGAAGACGCAGCUGUAGACGCGAGAGGACGAGUCAUUUUACAGCGCUGCUGACAUCCGGCUCGGCUCCUGCUCGUCGGUCAGCCGUAAAGUCUCCAUGGAGAUUUACUCAAUAAUGAUUCGCCCUACUUUACUGGUCGUUCAUAAAUCAGUCAAUUACAGAUGAGGGUGUGCACGCCACAGUGUUUUCACAAAGUUUGUCUUUUAUAGUUUGCACUCCAUCCAUUACCGAUGGUCCGUUCUCUCCACUGAACUCAGACGUUGAUUUAUCAGUGUUUUUUCCAUGUUUCUCUCAUUAACUGCUGAUUUUGAUAAUUAGCUGUGAAGUGGUUGGCACUGUUGUGUCAGAGAAAAAAGCAGGUUUGAUUCCACCAUGGUCAAUUUCUCCUUGUGUUUGUGUGGCUUUUCUCAGGUACUGCGGCUUCCCCUCAUAAUAUAAAGAUAUAUGUGUGUGUGUGUGUUAUCAUGGACUGAUGGCCUGUCCAGGGUGAACAUUGUCUCUUGCUUGAAGUCAGCUGGAACUGACUGGAGCUUCCCCAAAACCCUGUGCAACUUGAGAACAGAUGAUGAAUGAAUGAAUGUGUUUGUGUUUCGUUAUAUGCUCAUCAAUUCAUUAAAAGAGUUGAAAGGUUUAUCGGGUGGAUUAUGCUUCUUGUCCAUCAGCACAGCCUCUGAUUGGCUCCCAAGUAUAAAAGUGUGUAGUUUAAAUGUAUGUAAAAGUAUUGUAAAUAACUUUUCAGUUCAGUGAAACUGUUGUCACUUUAAAUCAAACAUGUGAAAAAACAUUUUCUAGCAGGUGUCAACCAGUCGAAGCUGUUUUCUGCUUUACUUCAUGUUUAUGCAAGUGCUUUUCCAUUAUUACUUCCUUUAUGCUUUUUUUUUUUUUUUUUUUUUUUUUUGACAAUAUCUUGUGACACUUCUUGAAACAGACAUCCGGGAACAAAUAGCUCUCAAUCGUUUAUUACCUCAAUGAGUGAUACGUCAUAGUGGAAAAAUGAACCUAUUUACAAAUAAUCUGUGACAUUUUG